AGUGGAAUAAUCCCUCCUAGCCUCGGAAGUUUACGAGAGCUGCAGUUUCUACUUCUACAUAGUAACCACUUAGAAACCACGGAACCUGAUGGAUGGAACUUCCUAACCGCUUUGACCAAUUGUACCCAGUUGGAGUGGUUGACGCUAGCAUCAAAUAAUCUUAGUGGCAUGCUACCGGAUUCCAUUGCUAAUUUUUCCACCAAUCUUCAGCAUCUUGAUAUGGAUAAUAACUACAUCUCUGGAAAAAUAUCUUCUGAUAUCGGAAACCUCGUAAACCUUAUGGUAUUUUCUAUGGAUGGAAAUUUGAUUUAUGGCUCCAUUCCUUUAAGCAUUGGGAUGCUUCGGAAGUUGAAUCUAUUGGCUUUGGGCAAUAACAAGCUAACUGGAGAGAUUCCAUCUACCAUCGGCAACCUUACUCAAUUGAAUAAACUUUAUCUAGAUUCCAAUGAACUAAGCGGAAAUAUACCAGUUAGUCUUGGAAAGUGCCAAAACCUAAUACGUCUAGACCUCGGAUCUAACAAACUUACAGGCAUUAUCCCAAAAGAAGUUGUCUCCAUAUCCGGACUCUCCAUAUCUUUAAGCUUGGCAUCCAAUUCACUGUCAGGGUUGAUACCAUCUGAAAUCGGGAGCUUAAUAAACGUGAAUAUAUUAGAUUUCAGCAUGAACAAAUUGUCUGGUGAAAUCCCUAGCACUCUCAGUGAGUGUCAAGUGCUGGAGGGACUUUAUGUUGGUGGAAAUCUCUUUCAAGGAAGUAUUCCUUCUUCUUUAGCCUCAUUAAGAGGCAUCCAGAAGCUCGAUUUUGCAAAAAAUAAAUUGUCGGGAAAAAUACCUGAUUUCUUACAGGAUUUUCAUGGCCUAGACUAUUUGAAUCUGUCCUUCAAUAACUUUGAAGGUGAAGUGCCACUACUUGGUGUGUUUGCAAAUGCAAGUGCAGUUUCAGUUAUUGGAAAUAGUAAGCUUUGUGGAGGGAACCCAGAAAUGCAUCUGCCAGCUUGCCCUUCUGAACCCUUUAACAAGAAACAUCACUCACGUACAGUAAUAGUGAUCUGCGGGAUGCCAGCUUGCCCUUCUGAACCCUUUAACAAGAAACAUCACUCACGUACAGUAAUAGUGAUCUGCGGGAGUACUAUUUUACUUAUAUUUGUGAUUCUUCUUUUCUGUUUCCUCGUAGUCCGAUGCCAUCGAAAAGGUUCAAGAAUAAAUUCUCUUGACUCAUCACCCACAAUCGAGCAAAAUGUGAAGGUCACUUAUGGUGAUCUAGUGAGAGCUACAAAUGGAUUUUCUGAGGGCAAUAUAAUUGGGACUGGUAGUUUUGGUACAGUAUAUAAAGGACUACUCGAUGGUGAAAGUAGGAAAGUUGUUGCUGUAAAGGUAUUGAACCUUCAAAUACAAGGAGCAUCGAGGACAUUUAUAGCAGAAUGUGAUGCUGUGAAAAACAUUCGGCAUCGGAAUAUUCUCAAGAUCCUUACAAUAUGUUCGGGUGUAGAUUUCAAAGGUAAUGACUUCAAAGCUGUAGUUUUUGAGUUCAUGGAAAAUGGAAGUUUAGAUGAUUGGUUGCAUCCCAAAGCAAAUGAGCAGUCCAAACCAAAGAAAUUGAACCUUAUGGCAAGGCUAGAUAUAGCUAUUGACGUAGCUUAUGCUUUGGAUUAUCUCCACCAUCAAUGUGGCAAACCAAUUGUUCACUGUGAUCUGAAGCCAAGCAACAUUCUUCUGGAUUAUAAUAUUAUUGCUCAUGUUGGUGACUUUGGGUUAGCCAAGUUUCUCAAAAAGGUUGCCUCUCAGUACUCAACAAGUUCAGCUGGUCUCAGAGGAACUAUCGGGUAUAUUGCUCCAGAGUACGGAAUGGGGAAUGAAGUUUCAACUUGUGGAGAUGUGUAUAGCUAUGGGAUCCUUUUACUAGAAAUGUUUACAGGAAAGAGACCUACUGAUGAUAUGUUUGUAGGAGGUCUUACUCUUCCUAUGUUUGUGAAGAUGGCAUUUCCUGAACAAAUCACAGAUGUCAUUGAAGCUCAUUUGCUCACACCAAGUGAUGAUGCUGAAAGCAUGAAUUAUGCAAGAGCAACCAACUGCAUGGCUACAAUUCUUAGAAUCGGUAUCUCUUGCUCAAAUGAAUUACCAGCAGAGAGAAUGGAGACGGACAAAAUCAUCAAGGAACUGCAUAUUGUUAGAGAUAUGCUCAUGAGGAAUGGAAAUUAUGGGGAGAGACAGAGAGUACUACAGAGUGGUGAAGGUCCAUCUACAAAUAAUCACUGACAAACAUUGGACCGGCAUUGUCUGCUCGAGCAAACUACUGUAGAGGAAUGAAGAUAGAGAAUGUAUUGAAGCAGGCAAAUGGUAUCAGGAACAUAGAGAUUUAUAGUGACAAUAAGAGAGAUGAACUUGUUUUUAUAUAUGUUCUCAUAUUGGUUUCUUUGUAAUCAGUAGAUUUGGAUUGUUUGGAAGUAUACCUUUAUCUA